ACAGUUGAAGAAAAACUUAUGUGUUUUUUAUACCCUUAAUCAUCGCUGUAUUACUAAAUUUUCCCCGAGAAAUAACAAUGAAAUAGCGCCAGAGAAAAACAAUAGAAGAAGAGUGAGUGGCGGCACAGAAUGGCCUUCAACGACUUCUUCGCCGGCGAGAUAGCGACGGAGCUUCUCAAAAUGCUAAUAAACAUCUCUCGCAAGUCCCUGCUAUGCAGAACAAGCGCCGAUCAACUCAUCACGCACAUCCACGACCUUCUUCCCACCAUCGAAGAAAUCAAAUACUCCGGCGUGGAGCUUCCGGCGCACCGGCAGUCGCAGCUGGACCGUCUCUCGGAGAUUCUCCGUUCCGGCGUGGACCUCUCCCACAAGGUUCUCUCCUCAAGUCGCUGGAACGUUUACAGGAACCUUCAACUGGCGAAGAAGAUGGAGAAGUUAGAGAAGAAGGUGUCGCGGUUCUUGUUGGGCCCGAUGCAGGCCCACAUACUGGCGGACGUGCACCACACGCGCUUUGACAUGGGUGAGAGGUUUGACCGAGUUGAGAACUCGUGUCGAAGGUUGGAACAGUACUUUGGGGCGAUGAAGAUUGGGGUGGGUGGCGGAGGGUGGGUGGAGGAGGCCGUGAGGAGCGUGCAGGAAGAAGCUGAGGGUAGUUUCGGUAAUUUUGGUGUGGGUUUGGAGUACGGAAAGAAUGUGGUUAAGGAGAUGAUUGUUGAGAGACAUGACCUUUGGGUUUUCGGGAUUUUGGGGAUUGGUGGGUCUGGCAAGACCACUCUUGCUAGAGAGCUCUGCAGAGAUCAUCACGUUCGAUGUUAUUUCAGGGAGAGAAUCUUGUUUCUGACAGUGUCGCAGUCUCCGAAUGUGGAGCAGUUGAGGACAAAGAUUUGGGGGUACAUUAUGGGGAACGAAACGUUGAAUGGGAAUUAUGUGGUACCUCAGUGGAUGCCGCAAUUGGAAAGCAGAAACGAAAGUCGAACGCUGAUUGUUUUGGAUGAUGUUUGGUCACUCUCAGUGUUAGAGCAGCUUGUGUGUAGAAUACCUGGUUGCAAGUUCCUUGUUGUUUCCAGAUUCAAGUUCCCAACCAUUUUAACUGCUUCUUAUGAAGUUGAAUUGCUCAGUGAUGAGGAUGCCCUCUCUUUGUUCUGUCACCAUGCUUUUGGACACAAAUCAAUCCCUUUAGGUGCUAAUGAGAAUCUCGUCAAACAGGUUGUGACUGAGUGUGGAAGGCUCCCGUUGGCUCUUAAGGUGAUUGGAGCUUCUUUGCGAGAUCAGACUGAAAUGUUUUGGAUGAGUGUUAAAAACAGGCUAUCUCAAGGCCAAAGUAUUGGUGAAUCCCACGAAAUUAAUCUGAUUGAAAGAAUGGGAAUCAGUAUCAAUUACCUGCCAGAAAAGAUCAAGGAGUGCUUCUUGGACCUGUGUUCAUUUCCUGAGGAUAAAAAAAUUCCUCUUGAUGUUCUCAUCAAUAUGUGGGUUGAAAUCCAUGAUAUUCCUGAAACAGAAGCUUUUGCCAUUGUUGUUGAGCUCUCCAACAAAAAUCUUCUCACCUUAAUGAAAGAGGCACGUGCUGGAGGCAUGUAUAGCAGUUGCUUUGAAAUCUCUGUAACUCAACAUGAUGUACUGAGAGACUUAGCCCUUAAUUUGAGCAACCGCGGGAGCAUCAAUGAACGCCAGCGAUUAGUGAUGCCAAAACGAGAGAAUGGACUCCCUAAAGAGUGGUUGAGGUACAAGCACAGAACAUUUGAGGCUCAGAUUGUUUCAAUUCACACAGGUGACAUGAAAGAAGUGGAUUGGUGUAGUCUAGAAUUUCCUAAGGCGGAAGUGCUUAUAAUUAAUUUCACAUCCACUGAAUACUUCUUACCUCCCUUCAUUGACAGAAUGCCAAAUUUGAGGGCAUUGAUAAUAAUAAACUAUAGUGCAACAUAUGCUUGCCUUCACAAUGUUUCAAUUUUUAAGAAUUUGUCCAAUUUAAGGAGCCUCUGGCUCGAAAAAGUUUUCACCCCCAAGUUAUCAGGCAUUGUUUUGGAAAACUUGGGAAAGUUUUCUAUUGUCCUAUGCAAGAUUAACAACAGCUUGGAAGGGAAAGAAGCAAAUUUGGCCCAAGUAUUCCCCAACCUCUCUGAGCUCACUUUUGAUCACUGUGAUGAUCUAACUCACUUGCCCUCAAGCAUUUGUGGAAUAAAGUCCCUCCAAAACUUGAGUCUCACAAACUGCCACAAUUUGACUCAAUUGCCUGUUGAAUUAGGAAAACUAAGGUCCCUAGAGAUCCUUCGUUUAUAUGCUUGUCCUGAUCUCAAAACACUUCCUCCUAGCAUAUGUGACAUGAUAAGAUUGAAGUACAUUGACAUUUCUCAAUGUGUUAACUUGACAUGCUUCCCUGAAGAGAUUGGUAAACUAGUAAGCUUGGAGAAGAUUGACAUGAGAGAAUGCUCAAUGAUUAGGAAUAUACCAAAGUCUGCAUUGUCAUUGCAAUCUCUACGGCUUGUAAUUUGUGAUGAGGAAGUAUCUGGGAUUUGGAAAGAUGUUGAGAUGGCCAAGCCAAAUUUGCAUAUUCAGGUAUCAGAGCAGUACUUUGAUCUAGAUUGGCUUAGAGAGUGAUUCAUGUGUCCACAUUCUGGGAUGUUUUAUUUCCCAUUUCGUUGUAAAUAAUUGUUUUGAAAUGGAAAAUUAUCUUUCUCC